AGGGUGGGUCAGUCGCUGGCUUUCGGGAAUGACCGUGGAGCGCGCGGCGCUUUCAGCCCCUUUCCCUCGUCCCCCGUGCAGGACCGUGCCCUUCUCGCGCCGCGGAGACCUCCGUCCGCUCUGACCAGGACAGCGCCGCUUCAAUGGGAUUAUAAUUGGUUUGCUGGCAGGCAGAAGGCUCAAGAUAAACACUUUGGGACACGACAACAUCCAGAAGACUACCUCCCGUAUUUGAGGUCAACCCUGCCAUUUGUUCCCGUCCGCUCAUCCCCCUCCUCGCCCAGAGCACCUGAGGACGCCGGCCGCCGUCCCCCAAACCUGCUUGCCACACUGGCCACCGCCAUGACUUCCACCACAGACUUUGACCAUGCGGAGAUCACGCAGCAGUACUGCCACAUCAACACCCGCUUUGACCUGUCUGAUGAGGAACUAGACAAUGACAACAGCUCUGCCAGGCUGUUUGAGCGCUCACGCAUCAAAGCCCUCGCAGAUGAGCGUGAGGCGGUUCAGAAGAAGACCUUCACUAAAUGGGUCAACUCAAUCCUGUCCCGGGUCGGCUGUCGCAUCUCUGACCUCUACCUAGACCUUCGGGACGGACGCAUGCUCAUUAAACUGCUGGAGGUGCUCUCCGGCGAACGACUGCCGAGACCCACUAAAGGGCGGAUGCGUAUCCACUGUUUGGAGAAUGUGGACAAAGCUCUGCAGUUCCUCAAAGAGCAGAGGGUCCACCUGGAGAACAUGGGCUCCCACGACAUUGUCGACGGCAACCAUCGUCUCAUCCUCGGCCUUAUCUGGACCAUCAUCCUGCGCUUCCAGAUCCAGGACAUUAUUGUGGAAACGGGCCAGGCAGACCAGAAGGAGACGCGCUCAGCCAAGGACGCUCUUCUUCUGUGGUGUCAAAUGAAAACUGGAGGAUAUCCCAAUGUCAACAUCACAAAUUUCACCACCAGCUGGAAAGACGGCAUGGCCUUCAACGCUCUCAUACACAAACACCGGCCAGAUCUGGUGGACUAUAACAGUCUAAAGAGGUCCAACCCGACCCACAACCUCCAGAACGCCUUCAACGUGGCAGAGCAGAAGCUCGGCGUGACCAAACUGUUAGACCCAGAAGAUGUGUUCACAGAGAACCCAGAUGAGAAGUCCAUCAUCACAUACGUUGUGGCAUUUUACCACUACUUCUCGAAGAUGAAGCAGCUCGCUGUGGAGGGCAAGAGGGUUGGAAAGGUUCUGGAUCAGGCCAUCGAGACCGAGAAGAUGAUUGAAAAGUACGAGACGCUGGCGUCAGACCUGCUGACGUGGAUUGAGCAGACCAUCAUCGUGCUGAACAACCGAAAACUUGCCAACUCUCUCACUGGAGUCCAGCAGCAGCUUCAGGCCUUCAACACCUACCGCACUGAGGAGAAGCCGCCAAAGUUUCAAGAGAAAGGUAACCUCGAGGUGCUGCUGUUCACCAUCCAGAGUCGUAUGAGGGCUAACAACCAGAGGGUCUACACGCCUAAAGAGGGAGCUCUGGUUGCAGAUAUCAACAGGGCCUGGGAGCGUCUGGAGAGGGCGGAGCACGACCGCGAGCGCGUCCUGAGAGACGAGCUGAUCAGACAGGAGAAGCUGGAACAGAUGGCGAGAAGAUUCGACAGGAAGGCUGCCAUGAGGGAGACCUGGCUCGUGGAGAACCAGAGACUAGUAGCCCAGGAUAACUUUGGUUACGAUCUGCCGGCUGUGGAGGCAGCCAAGAAGAAACACGACGCCAUCGAGACAGACAUCGCUGCGUACGAGGAACGUGUUCAGGCCUUGGUGGACAUCUCAAAGGAGCUGGAGUCGGAGCGUUACCAUGACGCCAAACGGAUCGACGCAAGGAAAGACAACAUCCUGCGUCUCUGGGAUUACUUGCAGGAGCUGUUGAAGGCUCGUAGGGGGCGUCUGGACAAGAACCUGACCCUGCAGAGGAUCUUCCAGGAGAUGCUGCACAUCAUCAGCUGGAUGGAUGACAUGAAGGCUCGGCUGCUGUCUCCAGACUUUGGGAAACACUUGCUUGAAGUUGAAGACUUGUUACAGAAACAUGCUUUGGUAGAGAACGACAUUGCUCUGCAGGCAGAGAGGGUACAGAGCGCCAGUGCUGCCGCUCUCAAGUUCGCAAAUGGAGAUAGCUAUAAGCCAUGUGAUCCCCAGGUGAUCCGGGACAGGGUGCAGCACCUGGACCAGUGCUACCAGGAGCUUUGUGCCCUGGCAGCCCAGCGAAGGGCUCGCUUGGAGCAGUCCCGCCGCUUCUGGAACUUCCUGUGGGAGGUGACAGAGCUGGAGAGUUGGAUUAGGGAGAAGGAGCACAUUUUCUCCUCCCUGGAUUAUGGCAAGGACCUGACGAGCGUGCUGGUGCUCCAGAGCAAACACAGCGCCUUCGAGGAUGAGCUCGGCGCCCGCCGCGCCAACUUCGAUCAGGUCUUUGCUGAGGGAGAAAAGAUGAUCCAGGCCAAGCACUUUGGCACCCCGAAGGUUCAAGAAUGCAUGGAAGACAUCAGGAGGCAAUGGCAGCAGCUGGAAGAACUGGCAGCCUUUCGGAAACAGAAUCUGCAGGACACUCAGAGGUUCUUCCAGUUUCAUGGAGAUGCUGAUGAACUCAAGGCCUGGCUGCUGGACGCCAAGAGGCAGAUGAGCAGUGAAGAUGUGGGUCACGAUGAGUACACCACGCAGCGGCUACUGAAGAAGCACAACGACCUGAGGAAUGAAGCAAUCAAGAACGGAGCCACUAUUGAUGCUCUAUCAAAACAGGCCAAUGCGCUGCCAGAGGAACUACAAAACACCCCUGAUAUCCAGAGACGUCUCAAAGACAUCAAGGACCUGUACAUGGAACUCAUGUCUCUGGCUGACCUGAGACAGAAGAAGCUUGAUGACACUAUGGCCCUGUACACCAUCUUCAGUGAGACAGAUGCCUGUGAGCUCUGGAUGGGCCAGAAGGAGACGUGGUUGGUGGGCUUAGAGGUGCCGGAGAAGCUGGAGGAUCUGGAAGUAGUACAGAAUAGGUUGAGCAUUUUGGCUCAAGAUAUGGCAAAUGUUCAGUCGAGAGUUGAUGACGUCAACAAAGCUGUGAAACAGCUCGAGGACAGCAGACACCCUCGCACCAAAGAGGUCAAGGAAUGUCAGACACGACUGAAUAAAAGGUGGGAGGCCUUCAAGGCCAUGGUGGAGGAUAAGAAGAGGAAAGUGGAUUCUGCUGUUAGUCUGCAGAACUACGGGCUGGAGUGUGACGAGACAGAGGCCUGGAUCAAAGACAAGACACGGGUGAUCGAGUCCAUACAGGACUUGGGCAAUGACCUGGCAGCCGUCAUGACCAUCCAGAGGAAACUGUUUGGUAUAGAGAGAGAUUUAGCCGCCAUAGAUGCCAAGCUCACCUUCCUGAGGAAAGAAGCCGACCAGCUGUCUAAAGAUCACCCGGAGAAUGCAGCCAACAUCUUGGCCCGCAGAGGAGAACUGGACGCAGCCUGGGACGCCCUAAGAAAGACCCUGAAGGAAAGAGAGGACUCUUUGGGUGAGGUCAGCAAGUUACAGACUUUCCUCCAAGACAUGGAUGACUUCCAGUCCUGGCUUUUCAAGACUCAGAAGGCUGUGGCGUCGGAGGAACUGCCUGCCACGCUGCCGGAGGCCGAGGAGGAGCUCAGCCUUCACGAUGCAGUGCGUGAAGACAUAAACAGCCACGAGGAGGACUAUCACCGUGUGAGGGACACCGGUUCUCAGGUCAUGCAGGGUCAGGAGGACGAUCCUCAGUACCAGCAGCUCGAGCAGAGGCUGAAAGGCAUGGACCGUGGUUGGUAUGAACUGCAGAAGAUGUGGGACAGUCGCAAGAACUUCCUGGACCAGGGUCUGGGCUUCCAGCAGUUCAUGAGAGACGGCAAGGCUGUAGAGGCCAUCCUCAACAACCAGGAGUACACCUUGGCCCACAUAGACAAGCCUGACACCUUGGCUGGGGCAGAGAAAGCUUUGAAGAAGCAUGAGGACUUUUUGAGCACCAUGGAGGCGAAUGAGGACAAGAUUGACGGCGCUCUGCAGGCCGGACAGCGGCUGGUGGACAGUAACAACCUGUACUCUGGGAAAGUUCAGGAGAAAAUGGUUUCCAUCCAAGACAGACAUGACAAGAAUAGAAAAAGAGCCCAGGAAGUGUCCGAAAAGCUCCAAGAUAACCAUGACCUGCAGCACUUCCUGCAAAACUCUCAAGAUCUGACGGUGUGGAUCAACGAGAAGAUGCUGACAGCUCAGGACACGUCGUACGAUGAGGCCAGGAACCUCCACAGCAAGUGGCUGAAACAUCAGGCCUUCAUGGCUGAGCUGGCUUCAAACAAGGACUGGCUCAACAAAGUAGACCAGGAGGGUCACGAGCUCAUGGAGUCCAAGCCCGAGUUUGAGCCCAUUGUGAAGGAGCACCUGGCCAAGCUCCACCAGCUGUGGGACAAACUGGAGUCCACCACCCAGGAGAAGGCCCGGCUGCUGUUUGAUGCCAACCGCUCCGAGCUCUUCGACCAGAGCCUGGCUGACAUGAAGAAGUGGCUCUUCGGGCUGCAGCAGCAGCUACAGAGUGGAGACGAGGAUGUUAAAGACCUGACUAACGCCAACAUCCUGCUCAAGAAGCACCAGAUGACGGAGAACCAGGUGCGUGACCGGGCAAGGGAGCUGGAGGAGCUCCAGGAGGCUGUCAGGAAGCACGGCGGAAGCAGGGAGGACCAGCCGGAGCUAGAGGCCGAGCAACAGGCGCUGCAGAGGGACUUCCAGCAGCUCCUCACACCACUGGCCCAGCGCAAGGGCAAGCUGGAGGCCGCCAAGGCGGUCCAUCAGUUCUGCAGAGACCUGGCUGAUGAGCUGCUCUGGAUAGAGGAGAGGAUGCCCCUGGCAAUGUCAGAAGAGCAUGGCCACAAUCUUCAAACUGUGCAAAUGCUGCUGAAGAAGAACCAGACAUUACAGAGGGAGAUCGAGGGCCACCAGCCUCGCGUGGACGAAGUGCUCGAGCGAGGACGGAGGAUGGCGGCCGCCGCCAGCGCUGAGGGCAGACCAGAGGCACAGCAAAUCGCAGACCAGCUGAAGGAGCUGGAGGAGGCGUGGGCCCGGCUGCAGAAUGAGAUGGCCAAGCGCCGGGAGAGGCUGAACGGCUCCAACUUGGCCCAACAGUACUACAAUGAUGCAGAUGAGGCUGAGGCCUGGAUAGGGGAGCAGGAGCUUUACAUGAUCGCUGAUGAAAAGGCCAAGGAUGAGCAAAGCGCCUUGCUGAUGCUGAAGCGCCACAUGAUCCUUAAGCAGGCGGUGGAUGACUACGCUGACUCCAUGCAGAAGCUGGCUGAUCGUGCCCAAAAGAUGUUUGCGGAGGACCAUCCUGAUGGUGAGGAGAUCAUCAGGCGACAGGGCCAGGUGGAUAAGCAAUACGCAGGGCUGAAGGAGCUGGCAGAGGACCGCAGGAAGAAGCUGGAUCACAGCUACCACCACUUCCUGCUGAGCCGAGAGGUGGAGGACCUGGAGCACUGGAUCGCAGAGAGAGAUGUGGUGGCCUCCUCUCAGGAGAUGGGCCAGGACAUGGAUCACGUCACGCUUCUGAGGGAUAAGUUUAGAGACUUUGCGCGGGAGACGGGGAUGGUGGGACAGGAGCGGGUGGACAUGGUCAACCAGACGAUAGAUGAGCUGAUCGAAGCCGGCCACAGCGAGGCAGCCGCCAUGGCAGAGUGGAAAGACGGCAUCAAUGACAGCUGGGCGGAUCUGCUGGAGCUCAUCGACACUCGUGCUCAGCUGCUCACGGCGUCUUACGAACUGCUCAAGUACUUUGAUGAUGGGAAGGAGUUGGUGGCUCAGAUUCUCGACAAGCAGAAAGAGCUGCCUGAAGAUGUGGGGGAGGACUUCAGCAAAGCCGAGUCAUUCCACAGAAUGCACGCCGCCUUUGAGAGAGACAUCACCGCUCUAGGCAAACAGGUUCAGCAGUUCCAGGAGACAGCUGCAAGGCUUCAUGCCCAGUAUGCAGGGGAAAGGGCGGACGCCAUCCAGGCCACGGAGCGUGAGGUGGUGGAAGCCUGGAAGGGCCUGCUGGACGCCUGCGACGGCCGCAGGGCACAACUGGUGGACACAGCUGAGAAGUUCCGCUUUUUCACCAUGGUCCGAGACCUGAUGGCCUGGAUGGAGAGCAUAAUCCAGCAGAUAGAGACUCAGGAAAAACCCAGGGAUGUCUCAUCUGUGGAGCUCCUGCAGAAGUACCACCAGGGGAUCCGGUCAGAGAUUGAGGCCAGGGGAGCCAAAUUCACCACCUGCAUAGACCUCGGCAAGGCCCUGCUAACACGCAAGCACCGAGACUCUGCCGAGAUCAAAGAGAAGCUGGCGCAGCUGAUGGAGAAAAGGAAGGAGAUGAUGUUCAAGUGGGACAACAGAUGGGACUGGCUCAGACUCUUGCUGGAGGUGUGUCAGUUUGCACGGGACGCCUCGGUGGCGGAGGCCUGGCUGGUCGCUCAGGAGCCCUACGUGACCAGUAAAGACCUGGGCCACACUGUGGACGAGGUGGAGAAACUCCUCAAGAGGCACGAGGCCUUUGAGAAAUCCACUGCCACUUGGGAGGAGCGCUUCUCUGCGCUGGAGCGCCUCACUACGCUGGAGUUGUUGGAGCUGAGGAAGCAGCAACAGGAGAUUGAGCAGUUCAUUAAAGACGAGCAACGCUCCGAUAAGGAUAGCAGGAGAGAAGACACGGGCUUUGUAGAAGAAUCUUCGCAGCUCUACACUCUUGAGGAACAAAGUCUGUCUGGUUCUGGCGCGGUCGAGCCCGGUUCAGGUCUGCUGGAGGGGGCGGCCGGCGACUCCACAAUACCCAUGGUGUCGGAGAUGAGAGAGAGUGGUUCUCUUGAGCUGGAGCCCUCUGUCUCAGUAGUGACGCCGAAGGAACCAGAGAGGGCCGCCACCAUGCCAGCGGAGCCCCUCCGAGCGCAGACUGUGCUGCAGGAGGGCAUGCUGGGCCGCAAACAUGACGUGGAGGGCUCAGGAAAGAAGGCUUCCAACAGGUCAUGGAACAACUUGUACUGCGUGCUGAAGCCAGGUCAGCUCUCAGCCUACAAGGACGCCAAAAGUUUUGGACAUGGAGUGACGUAUCAUGGCGAGGACCCCCUGUCCCUCAGUAACGCCAGCUGGGAGAUCCUCACCAACUACAAGAAAAAGAAGCAUGUUGCCAAACUACGUCUCGGUGAUGGCAGUGAAUAUUUGUUCCAGUGUAAAGACGAGGAGGAGGUCCAGCGCUGGAGCCAGGCCAUGGAGAAGGCUGUUCGGCCCAUGGCAGCGGAGGAGGCGUGGGGGCCCUCAGGGGCCAAAGCCCACAGCCUGCCCCCUCCCUCCUCCUCGGCUGCCCUCCCUGAGCCCAGCUCUGCCAAGAAAGACAAGGAGAAGAAGUUCAGUCGCUUUGCCAAGAAGAAGUGAAAGGAGAUGGGUGGGCCAUCGCGAGGGGGAUCGGGAGGGGGGGGGGGGGGGUUGCCAAGGCAACCUGGAAAGAGAAAGUAGUAUUUGUGUACAAUCAGACAGAGCGAGCUUUUUAUCACUAGAUUUUUUAUAUUAUUUUGCAAGAAUUAACAUAAAUAUUGUAUUUUAGGUUUAGGCCAUCACUCUUUUGCCUGUAUUUAAGUCAGUGUAUCAAUGCAAAGGUCCACUUUUUUCUUUGUGUUCUCUUUAACAAAUGCCAAAUUCAAAGCAUUAAAUUUUUAAGCACAGGAAUGCUCCUUUCACACUCAACCAAAGAAUAUUUGUAAAACUUUUGUUGUGUUACUUUUGCUGCAGUUUUUUUUUGCUUUAUUAAGGCAUGCUUUGAUACGGCUAUUUAUGAUACGAAGGCCUGUAAUGAACAUGGGGUGGCUAAAGAGUACUGAAGCGUACUUUUAUUAAUCUGCCUUAUAAAAUGGUUGUGAACUGUAAUACUGUGCUGUUUGAAUUUGGAGCACUAAAUGCUACUCAUAGAAUUAGAGUGAAUUUAACGGCCUUUAAAAAGCUUUGUAAAUGCGCUGUAAAGACUCGGUGAUGAGCAAACCGUAGUACAGUGCACAUCCACACCAAGUGUAAUUGCAGGUACGCAAACUAAAUGCUCUAUGCACUAUGAAGGGUUUGACUGUUGAGAUUUUAAAUUGUUAACUGAGCAGUCACGUGACACCACAAUCAGUCUAUCUUGAAUAUAGACUAUAUUCUCAACUGAGCUGUGGCAGUAGUUAUUUCUGUGAACUUGAAAUAUAUUCAACACUUGUAUAUUGAACCCUAAAUUCCAUAU